UCCUCUCCACAUAUCACACGACUCAUCCAUCAUCUCGCCUCCGUCUCUCCGCUUCUUCCCCUCCCCACACUCUAGGAAGCGGCCUCGAAGCGGAGAGGUCGACGAGAGUGCCAUGGCGGCGCGCGCGACCCUUCCCUUCUCCUGCUCCUCCACGCUCCAAACCCUAACCUGGACCCUCUCGCCUCGCGGUCCUCUCCCCCUCCGCCGCGGCUUCCUCCGCAUCCCCUCCCUCCCUAGGCUCUCCCGCGCUCCCCGCCUCUCCCGCCGCCACCUCUCGGCGUCCGCGACGGCCCCCAAUGGUGCCUCCUCUGAAGGGGAGUACGACUACGACCUCUUCACCAUCGGCGCUGGGAGCGGCGGCGUCCGGGCCUCGCGCUUCGCCUCCACGCUGUACGGCGCCCGCGUCGCCGUCUGCGAGAUGCCCUUCGCCACCGUAGCCUCGGACGAGCACGGCGGCCUCGGCGGCACAUGUGUGCUUCGUGGUUGUGUUCCAAAGAAAUUGUUGGUGUAUGGAUCCAAGUACUCUCAUGAGUUUGAAGAGUCUCAUGGCUUUGGAUGGACGUAUGAGACUGAACCAAAGCAUGACUGGAGCACUCUCAUAGCCAAUAAAAAUACAGAGCUGCAGCGCCUAGUUGGUAUCUACAAGAAUAUUUUAAACAAUGCAGGAGUCACUCUAAUUGAAGGCCGUGGAAAGAUAGUUGAUCCUCAUACCGUUAGCGUGGAUGGUAAGCUCUACACUGCUAAGAACAUACUAGUUGCUGUUGGUGGUCGACCAUCGAUGCCAACUAUCCCUGGUAUAGAGCAUGUUAUAGAUUCUGAUGCUGCAUUGGAUUUGCCAUCAAAACCUGAGAAGAUUGCAAUAGUGGGAGGCGGGUAUAUCGCGCUGGAGUUUGCUGGCAUUUUCAAUGGCUUUAAAAGUGAGGUUCAUGUGUUUAUUCGGCAGAAGAAAGUUUUAAGAGGGUUUGAUGAAGAGGUUAGAGAUUUCAUUGCUGAACAGAUAUCUUUAAGGGGCAUCACAUUUCAUACUGAACAGACCCCUCAAGCUGUAACUAAAUCGAAUGAUGGUUUGCUAUCUCUGAAGACCAAUAAAGAAACUAUUGGUGGGUUCUCACAUGUAAUGUUUGCAACAGGUCGCAGACCAAAUACAAUGAACCUUGGACUGGAAGAGGUUGGGGUCAAAAUGGAUAAGAAUGGUGCAAUAGUGGUUGAUGAGUAUUCUCGAACAUCAGUUGAUUCAAUUUGGGCUGUGGGAGAUGUUACCAAUAGGGUCAACCUGACCCCAGUUGCACUGAUGGAGGGUGGGGCAUUUGUGAAGAGUGUAUUUGGCAAUGAACCUACCAAACCAGACUACAGUGCUGUACCUUCUGCUGUGUUCUCCCAACCACCAAUUGGACAAGUUGGUCUUACCGAGGAGCAGGCUAUCGAAGAGUAUGGAGAUGUAGAUGUCUUUGUAGCCAACUUCAGGCCUCUCAAGGCCACUCUCUCUGGACUGCCUGAUCGUGUGUUAAUGAAGAUUAUUGUGUGUGCUACGACAAACAAAGUUCUAGGAGUGCACAUGUGUGGUGAUGAUGCACCUGAGAUAAUUCAGGGAAUUGCAAUUGCUGUUAAGGCUGGGUUGAUAAAGCAAAAUUUUGAUGCCACCAUUGGUAUUCACCCAACAUCUGCUGAGGAAUUUGUCACAAUGAGGAAUGCAACUAGAAAAAUUCGGAAAAAUACUGCAGCUCAGGUAGAAUCUAAAGAUGAGGUUGUAACUAAGCAGUAGAUGUCAUUUUACGUAGGAGGCCUUCUUGGAGGAAGUGUUUCUGCUGCCGGACAAAAGCCGGUUGAAUUUAGAAAUACACGGGUGAGUAGCCGUAUCGCUAGCAGUUUCUGAGAGAUCCAUGAUAGGAAGCAGAGAAGAUGUAUCAUAGAAAUUACUGUUUAUCCCUGUCAGUUGAGCUAUUUUCUUCUGCCUUCUAUUCUUUGAAAUAAAAUGCAGCAAAUGUUUGUUUUACAGUCUGGAAAUUUUGUAAUAGAGACGGAAUGUUGGUAAGUAUUCGCUGAUAUAUUUGAGAAACUACUGCUUAUUUUUAGGAAUUCA